AUGGUUUCCUACGACUACGAGCUCUCCAAGGCCACGCUCAACGAGAAUGACAAGGACCGCAUUGUUUGCCUCUACUUGAACAGCGAUCCCGCAUCGGUCGACUGGGCCAAGGCCACCAAGGACUACGGCUCAGCGAGUGUGGAGAGCUUCAAGAAGACCACGGCGAACAUGCUCAAGAAGCUCGACACCGCCGGCGCAAAAGUCUCUGGCGAUGGCAACGCCACUGUCGCGUCUGCCACUCCAGCUCCUGUCACACCAGCCUCUGGAAAGAAGCGCAAGGCCAAGAGCGAGGUCGCUGCUGACGGAGACGUCGAGGGUGGUGCUGCCGCCACCCCCAAGGCAAAGCGUGGCCGUCCAAAGAAGGCCGCAACCCCCAAGCCAGUGGAGGAGGACGCGAUGGACGAGGAUAACGAAGAUGCCGCUGAGAAGGGAAUCGUCAAGAAGGAGUCUGUCGAUGACCUCGUCUAA